UGUUACCGAAUGGCAUUUGUAGGAAGCAAGAAUCAGACCGAGAAAAAUUUCAUUAAUCUGUACCCAAACUUUUCAAUGUUAAGAGACUUAUAGCAAGUUGCUAGUUAGGUAUUUUUAAACGGAUACACAAAAGACUGCCAUUACCUAGCUGGCAAUAACUUGGGAAAUUUCAUAGUUUGAUUUCCAACUGCCCCACUUAAAAUCUUAACUUCUAUAAAUUAUAAAGUACUGGACGAAAACCAAAAAAAACAUUUUUUUCCCUGGCGGAUUUUGAACGGUGUUUGCUGGCAACUGCAGGAUAAUCUUGGCAGGUUGUCCAAAGGCGAGAAGCGAGCACAGGGGGUACCCAGUCUCCGCGUUGCGGUCGGAGCAGCGCGGGAAGCCUCCAGCAGAUGGCGCUGCUCGCCCGGCCGGCCGAGUGUGCGAUUGAAUGAGCGCAAGGGGAAACGGGCUCUGCGAGCGUUUAAGUGCGCUGCCGUUCCACCCUCUCCCUCUCUGUGUGUCUGUCUGCCUGCGUGCGGGAGGCAGGCUGAGACUCUGCCCUGCGGUUGGGAUGCCCGCUUGCCUUCCCCACAGCUCCACAAGCAUGGCAGUCUCGGCGAGGCGCAAGGGCAGUGCCCAGCCACGGGGCUACCUGUGGCUCUGCAUUUGCUGCGGGCUGUACCUUCUGCCGUCCGUUCUGUCUGCGGCCGGGCUGAGCCCAGCGGGCGCCCGCAUCGUGCGGCAGCCGCACGGCGGCGGCGGCGAGGGAGCCGGCCGGCUCGGCGAUCACACCCGGGAGAAGCGGUCGGCUCCGCGGCAGGACGCGGCUCUGCUCAGCACCUCGUUCAUCCUGCGAGGAGACGCUUCGCACAACCAGGCGAUGGUGCACUGGACGGGAGAGAACAGCAGCGUGAUCCUGAUUCUAACCAAGUUGUUCGACUCGGGUAUGGGGAAAGUUUUGGAAAGUUCUUUGUGGAGGUCCUCAGAUUAUGGAACUACCUAUAUAAAACUGAACUUGCAGUCUGGCACCACCAACAUAAUUACCAAUUUCUACAUUUGCCCUGCCAACAAGAAGAAGGUCAUUCUUGUGAGUUCAUCAAUGAAUGAUCGUGAUCAAAGCCUCUUUCUGAGUACCGAUGAGGGAGCGAACUUUCAAAAGCAGCAAAUUUUCUUCUCUGUGGAAACUCUGGUGUUUCAUCCAAAGGAACAAGAUAAAUUGCUCGUGUACAGCAAAGAGGGGCGACUGUAUUUUUCUGUUGACCUUGGAAAGAAAUGGGAGUUACUGCAGGAACGCGUCACAAAGGAGCGAUUUUAUUGGUCUGUACCCAGAGUUGAUAGUGAUCCUGAUUUAGUUCACAUGGAAAUUCAGGACAGCAGUGGAGCUUUUCUUUAUAUCACCUGCCAAAUUACAAACUGCACAGAAAAAGCUCUGAAAACCCGUUUCCCUGGAAAUAUAGACCAGAAUUCGCUGCUUGUCAAUGAUGACUACGUUUUUGUUCGGGCAACCUUUGGAAAUCGGACAAAAUAUUUUGUUUCUUAUCGACGGGCUGAGUUUAUUCAGAUGAAAUUACCCAAGUAUGCCUUACCAAAGGACAUGCAGAUCAUCAGUACAGAUGAAAAUCAGGUGUUUGUGGCUGUCAAGGAAUGGCAUCAGACAGACACAUACAAUCUCUACUUGUCAGACCCAAAGGGCGUGUACUUCACUCUCGCUCUAGAGGAUGUCAGAAGUACCAAACAACCAGAAGAAAACGUUAUAAUCGAUAUUCAUGAGGUACAAGGAGUUAAAGGAGUUUUCCUGGCAAAUAAAAAAGUAAAUGGUAAAGUGAAAACUUACAUCACUUACAACAAAGGUCGUGAUUGGCAGUUAUUGACUCCACCUGCAACUGAUAUGAACGGCAAGCCAACCAACUGUCACCUGCCGGACUGCUCUGUCCACCUGCACCUGCGCUGGGCUGAUAACCCUUAUGUAUCAGGCACUGUUCACACCAAAGAUACUGCACCAGGACUUAUUAUGGGAGCAGGAAACUUGGGCGCCCAACUGGUUGAAUAUAAGGAAGAUAUGUACAUAACCUCUGACUGUGGCAAUACAUGGAGGCAGGUAUUUGAGGAAGAACAUCACAUUCUGUACCUCGAUCAUGGUGGUGUUAUUGUCGCCAUCAAGGACACCUCAAUCCCCCUAAAGAUACUAAAAUUCAGUGUAGAUGAAGGAUAUACUUGGACAACACACAAUUUUACCAGCACUUCGGUCUUUGUAGAUGGACUCUUGAGUGAACCAGGGGAUGAAACACUCGUUAUGACGAUCUUUGGUCACAUUAGCUUCCGCUCAGAUUGGGAACUGGUAAAAGUGGACUUCAGACCAUUGUUCCGCAGACAAUGUUCACCCAAUGACUAUGACUCCUGGGACCUAAUGAAUCAGGAUGAGCAUUGCAUCAUGGGAGAGAAGAGACAGUUCCGCAAGCGAAAAGUAUCGUCAUGGUGCAUUAAGGGGAAGAACUUCACUUCAGCCCUUUUGUCAAAACCUUGCCAGUGCACAGCAUUUGACUUUGAAUGUGAUUAUGGAUUUGAGCAGCAAAAUAGUGGUAGAUGUGUCCCUGCAUUUUGGUACAACCCAGAUUCCCCUUCUGAGGACUGUAAGUUGGGACAGUUAUACACCAGAAGCUCUGGUUACAGGAAGGUGGCACUCAACCUCUGUAAAGGUGGUUUGGACAAAAGGCAAGGUUCCAUGCAGCUCCGAUGCCCACUAAUGGCUCCCAGAGGGCUCCGUAUAGUCACAAAAGGAGAAAGGCUAGCAGUCAACCCUGGCGACGAUGUUACAUUCUUGAUAUCUCAGAGUCAGGGUGAUACAUUAAACACAACAUAUCAGGUGAAUCUUGGAGAUGGAUUUAAGGCGAUUUAUGUCAACCGCACACUGGUGGAUGAACCAAUUCAACACAGAUAUGAGAAACCAGGAAUCUACCGUGUCUCUGUCAAAGCAGAAAACAUUGCAGGCUCUGAUGAAGCCAUGGUUUACAUUCAGGUGAACUCUCCAUUGCAGUUUGUGCAUCUGGAGGUACUGCCAGUUGUCCGUAGAAAACAGCAAGUGAACCUGACAGCGUUAGUGCAGCCCAGUAACUCCAACCUUACAGUCUUUCAGUGGUGGCUGGGAGAUAGCCUUGAGCCUCAUCUCACUCUGGAAAACAGUUUAAUAACCAGCUUUAGUGAGAACAGUCAGAUUAAAGUCACAGUCCAGGCUUCCUGUGGUAGUUCCAUGGUUCAGGACUCGAAGGUGGUGAGGAUAUUUGAUCAGUUGGAAGUCCUGCCUCUGGAGUUUUCUCAGAACAUCGAUAGUUACAACCCUAAUGUGCCAGAAUGGAGAGAAGAUAUUGGACACGUUAUAUCAAGGAUUUUAGCAGAGACAACAGGUAUCCCUGAGGAAUUACUGCUGACAGUGGUCAGAAUAGGUUUACCCACCACAGCAGAACUAUACCUGCUCCCGCCACUGGAAAAACCAAAGAGGAAAAGGAGCACAGCCACUGACAAGGGGAUUGAAUCUUUAAUAGAAGCUCUGACAGAAAACCAAGUCAAAAUUUCUCUGAAACCAGGGGUUGAAGUGACUGUUACACUGGCAGAUUACAGAGCCGUUUCCCAGAAGAGCAUUGGAGGAAAAGGCCUGUGGGUUAUAGUGGUUAUGUUCGUGUUGUGCCUGUUAAUCGUUGGCGCUUUCAUUUUGCACAAGUUGAAAAGGAAGAUACCUGGGCGGAAUGUUUAUGCUCAAAUGCAUAAUGAAAAGGAGCAGGAAAUGACUAGUCCCGUCAAUCACAGUGAAGACACACAGAACAUCAUCCAAGGGGAAGAGUAUAUUGAUGAUGAUUUGGAUUCCCAGACACUAGGUGGACACUCUGCUGUAGUUCUCAGCAUCAACUCCCGGGAGACACACAAUUAUUUGAGCAGCUGAUGUUUGCUCCGGAUGAUUGAUUAAGACUCGGCUCCAUUUUAUUUUGUUCCUGGGGAUGAGAGGAAGUGAGGCGGUGAAAUGAACUUCAGUGUGCUGAUGGGACAGUGGGCAAACUUGCCUCCAAGAAUUACUAAGUCUUCAAAUCAGUAUUAGUGUGUUAAAGACACCCUUACAGAGAGAAUGGAUUCACUAGUCAGACCCCUGAAGCUCUCUCUGCCACGCCAAGACCUGUAUCCUCCUGUGAAUGAGCCCUGCCAGGAAGAAGAGCCCUGCCUUCAAUAAGUUGUUAUUUGAAUCUCUCCCUUUCCCCCUCUUGCAUCCUAUCAGAGAAAAGAAAAUCAUAUUGCAUAGUAUUUUCAUGGUUCCACUAUUUCCAUUCCACUCUAAUAUUUUUACAUCUAAAUUAAUUUUUUGAAGCGUUUUUAUAAAAAAGUAAAUAUGUCCUUAAUCUUUACUCAGAUUGUCAAUUUAAUUAUAUCAAACAUGCAAUUUUUAUCUCCACCACCUUUAAGAGAACCUGUCAAUUAACAGGAAGAAAAUUACACAUGUUUUCAGUGGACCUACGAUCCACCUUCCCAGAUGAGACCUUUCACAAGAUUGUAUAAAAAUUUAGCUUGUCAGUUUCUAGCUCAUUCUUAUGCUCCAUUAAUUAUUCAUGAAUUUUAAUUAAUUCAAUUAAUUUCCACAUUUUUAAAACUUUCCUUGGAAUCUGCAAUAACUGGUUGAAGUUGAAUGAUUUGUACUGUCUGUAGGUGAAAGAGCAGGAGAGUGAGGCUCUCUGGAUGGCUCAUUUCGAAGUACUGCCACAGGCAUACUGGGCUGAUAGACUCCUAAUAUUAUGUAUGAUCAUGUAUGUUGGUUGACUGCCCCCUCUUGUUCCUAAUUUUUCUACACUGAGAUGUGAUACACCAGUGAAGCAGUUAAUAUGAUCUUCUCUGAUAUUAACUGUAUUAACAUUUUUAUAAUGCUUUUCAAAUUAAUUCUCGCUGUUUGGUGAGUAUGCAGUGUACUGUAGACUGUUGCUAAAAGCAAUAGUAUUAGAAAUAACCAAACUUGAAGGGAUCCCUGGGGGAAUGUCCCAUUAUUUUCACUGUCAGCAUAUUUAAACAUUACAGGUGAAAGUGAAAGGUGUUUUUCACAUGUUUUUAAGAGUGCAGUUGUUAAUAUAAGUGUGUUGUCUAGUGUACUAUCAGUCCUUGUGGCAUUGAAAAAUCUAGUCCAAAAGAUCCUGCAGUGGAGCCUGUUUUAUUUAACAUUAAUUAUAUGUGCAUGUCCAUUAAUGGUUUUUUCAACAUCAUAUGCAAAUUUCCACGUGUAUUUGGGCUGAAAUGGCUGGCCACCUGAUAUUCUCUCAUUAUGUCACUGUGUAGUUGUCUUUUCCAUUUCAUUUUGCCAUGCCAUUUUGUGACCCUUGUAGACAUACUAGCUGAAACAAGUGAAAACUAUUUUUCACUUACAUUUCUAGAUAUUGUGUUAUACUCUGCAUUCCAUCGACAUUAUAACCAUAGGGUUCACUUUUUGGUACUAGAGUUAUUAUGUUACUACUAAUGUCCCUGUCUAAAAAUGUCUUCUUGAGUUGCCUAUUUUCAAAUUAUUGUAAUUAUUACUAAAUCUCUCUUCCUCCUUGGGCAUUUUCUACUACUGCCCUGCCAUGAUCAGUCUGCUCUCAUUGAAGAUCCCACUUGAUCUACUAUCCUUAAUUCACAGUAAAUUUAUUAUCAAAGUACAUAUAUGUCACCAUAUACUACCCUGAAAUUAAUUUUCUUGCAGGCAUUCACAGAAAAUACAAAGAAACACAGUAGAAUCAAUGAAAAACCACACACAAGACAGAUAAACAGCCAGUGUACAACAAAUUGUGCAAAUACAUAAAGAAAGAGCACAAACAAAAUAAUAAUGAUAAGUAGGCAAUAAAUAUCAACAACAUGAGAUGAAGAGGUGAAGACAAGAUGCUAUUGGUGACAGGUAUUGUAGCUGAGGGUUUGCGAAAGUAGAAACAGGAGUGAAUAUGAAUAGCUCUGUCUGCUGCAGAGUUCUGUUGCAUGCUGAUUGACAGCAUCAGGACCGGUAAUUAUAUCUGACAACAGCUGGCAUGCUUUACUAAAGCCUCUCUGCUCAGAAGGGGAGAAAAUACAAGUAUCCUGACAUAGAAGUGUCUGCAGCAUCAGUUUUAGAUAUGCCUUGAGUGCUAUGUUUAAAUGAAACUUAGACUACCUUAUUCUUCUCAAUUGGUUGUUACUCCUGAAAGGUCUCUUAGCUCAUAGUCAUAUCUUUCAGUUAAGGAGAGUCAAAAGUUAAAAAGAAAGGACUUCCUCAUUGUGACAUUAGUAGUACUGACUGGCCAAGAGCAAAAUAUUCAGCUGAUGGAAAUCAAAAGGCUGGAAAUACUCAGCAGGUCAAGCAGCAACUAUGAAUUAAAAAAUAAAAGUAAUGUUUCAGGUGAUAGUUUUUAAUCUCUUGACUCACAUCCUAUCCAUUCUUUUGUUUGUUCCUUCCUCCACUUAGUCAUCAAACGUUGCUUAUCUCUCUCUAAGUCAGUUGUCUGACUUAAUGAAUGCGAUUGGCUCUUUGGACUGUCGUAGACUGCCCAGCUUUUGAAAAUCCACAGUACUGAGUCCUUUAGAAACGUCUUGAUUGAUGUCAUGUGGAUGUUAAACAUCAGCUGUAAAAGGACACUUUCAGAUAUUUGAUAUAGGUCUGGCAUAAGGCAUCCUUGAAGCCUCUCCAGUCCUGUCACAAAAUGUUCUCUAACUUGAUCCCAUUCAGUUGGAGGUUCCCUGUUGAUGAUGAUGGUAAAACCUCAACAAAGUUCAAUGUAAACUUUAUCAUCAAAGUAUAUAUAUGUCAAGAUACGCUACCCAGAGACAGCCAGUAUGCAAUUCCACUCUGCAGGAAUGACAGGAGUGUCCUCUCUGGAUCAGUUGCAUUUCUCUGGAUAAAAAUAUAGCACCAGGGUCUGCUUUCCCAAGGCUAAGGAGAGUGGGGGGGCACCGGAACCCAACUCUUGGUUGGAUUACAAACAUGAGAAGCGGAGAGAGUGGGAGGUUUGUGGGAAUAAGAGAUUGAAGUUUGGGAGAUGCAGGAGGUGGGUGCCUUGAGAUGGCCAGAUCACCUGGAAGAAGAGGUGGGGUGAAGGAAGCUGGACCGGUAGCAAAGGUGGUGGGAGUGUGGGGGUGGACACUGAGUUAUCCCGAUGGUGGGAGUGUGUGGGUGGACUCUGAGUUAUCCCGAUGGUGGGAGUGUGGGGGUGGACACAGAGUUAUCCCAAUGGUGGGAGUAUGGGGGUGGACACAGAGUUAUCCCGAUGGUGGGA